CAACCUCCCCUCUCAUUUCAUUUAGCCGACUCGCAAGGAAGCCUCCCUGCAAUGUGUCCGUCCUGUAGAAUCGUACGCGAAGAGCCCCGACUCGGACCAGACUUCAGAGCAGCGUUCGACGUUCUCGAUUCCGACCGGGAUGGGAAGAUAAGCCGCGAAGAUCUCCAAAACUUCUACGGCAGGAUCUAUGGCGGCAGCGGUGCGGAGGAAGAUGUGAUAGGGUCGAUGAUGACGGCGGCGGAUGUGAACAGGGACGGAUUUGUGGAAUACGAGGAGUUCACAUGUGUUUUAAGAGCGAAGGAGAGAUCAGACAGGGAAAUGAUGGAGGAGGCGUUUAAGGUGAUGGAUGUGGACGGUGACGGCAAAGUGAGCCAUGAAGAUUUGAAGCGGUAUAUGGAGCGUGCCGGGUUGGAUGCAAAUGAUGAAGAUAUCAAGGCCAUGAUCAGAUUGGGAGGUGGUGAUGGUACGGAAGGCGUGACAUAUCAUAGUCUGCUUAAGAUCUUAGCCAUGGAUAACUAGCCAUUGAGUUUGGUCUUCUCCGUUGUUUGAGGUUCACCGGUCAAAAGGAGACUACUUUUUCUUUUUCUUUUUCUUUUUUUUAAACCUAUUCAGGUGAAACGCACCGUUUCGUUUAGAAUUGUCAUCCCGGGACAAAACAAGUUGUAUUUUAGCCUUCUUUGCCGGCUUAGAAGCCUACUUUUCUAUUUCAGAGAUUUGUCGAUUAUAUGUCGUUUUUGUUUUGUAGCUCGUGAAUGCCAAAUAUUCUUUUACAUUCA